GGAGGGACGUGACUGCAGAUAUCGAGACUACUGUCAUGGCCAUGGAUAUUGACAAGGAUUCUUACCGAAUACCAACAGCGGAGACAUGUGACGGGAAUAGCACCAACACCACUGUCCUUGACGACACCGCCUACCCGCUCGUCCGUAACAACCGAAUGUUUGACAUCCCAGAGAUCAUCCGUUCAAUUGCAGAGUUUUUGGAUAAACCUUCCUUGGCAGCAAGUUGUCGAGUCUCACGUUUGUGGGCAACGCAUUGCAAGCCAUUACUAUGGAGACAUGUUGUGGAUAAGCAUUGGCGAUAUAGCAAAUUUUAUGCAUCUAUCCGAACUCAGGCGCAUUUCAUUCGGACUAUCAAGUGUGAGGACAAAACUGACUACCAAGAGCUGUUACUCUGUGACCUACCGCGACUCAAAUCAAUUUCAUUCCACGGAAGUAGGGAAGUGAUGCAGAUCCGAGAUAAGCUACUUGACAGGGUCAGCAAAACCUUGACAUCACUAGUAAUGAGUUCUGUAGCGGAUAGACUUCCUGAGGAGACUGUGAUAGCUGUGAGAAAUCUGAGGCACCUGACGACAUUAAAACUCAUGAAUGUUGAUCUGAAUCGGAAUCAACUCGGAGAGAUCCUAAGAGACUGCAGAUGUUUGGAUUUUUUGUCGCUCUCCAGAGUAAAACUUUUAGCCACCAGCGACAGUAACCUUGUAACAUUUGAGGACGAAGAUGCCAGCCUGAUUAUCGCAGGAAAUGUGAGCAAUGAUACCAACCUCUACGACAGCGACGACGAAGGCCUUAUUUUAAGUUCGUUGCAAGCAGAACAAACAACUGCGGUUACGAGAGUCCGAUAUCUAGCACUCAAGGAGAUCACGGUUCCACUAAAAUACCUCAUCCGACUGAUCAGGAGCUGCCCUGAAUUAUUAGAACUCUCAUUGGCUCGAAACGAAAGCAUGCCUUUGACUGCGGAUCUGACCCAAACUUUGAAAAUAUCCUGCCCGAGACUCUAUGCAUUAGAUGUAGGGUCAUGCAAGCAAAUAGAUCGCGAGACAUUUAUUUCAUUAUUCACUUCGCUCACACAGCUUAGAGUCAUCAAUCUGUCAGGUACUCGCGUGGCGGAUGAUGAGUUGUUUGUCUUGGCAGAGAACUGUAAAAAUAUUACACGGUUGGAUAUUCAAUAUUGUACCUCGAUCACCUCUUCAGGACUCCACCGGUUUUUGAGUCACUGCGGGACUUCACUGAGACAUUUAGAAGCAUCUGGAGUAACGAUUGACCCCACAUCGUUUGAUCGACAAUACCAUUGGACUUGCACUAAACUACAGACUCUUUUUGUACAUGUUGGCCUUGUCGGAUCCACAAUUCCAAAUAAAGUUCCUCUCUCAGCCAUAUCCGAUAGCCAGAAUACGUCAUCAGCAGCAAUAGCAUCAACAAUAGAACCAGCAAUUCCAGGGAUAGGAAGCGAUAGCUUAUCAUCGCCAUCAACAACCCCCACAGAGGAUGUUAUUGGAGCUGACAAGAAACGUCCUCAGGAUGCAGUAUCGCUUCCAUCGAGAUAUCUUGAAGAUAGUUCUGGAAGCGGAAGUCGGGAUUCAUUCUCAACUCUGAACAACAAUUCUGCAGCAAUAACCUCCCCUUUAUCAACGAAUAUUAAUGCGGACAGCGAUGGUGAUGUGGUCAUGGAUCAUCCAUUGCAUCCAAUCCAAGACGUCUGUAACGUCCAAUAUCUAGGCUUAAUGGGAUGUGGACCCAAACUUACAUGUCAGACGACAAGUCAAAAUCAAUUGAUCCGAGGAUUCCGUUCUGUAAAGCGGCUGCAUGUACUUGGGUUGUACCAAUCUUUCAAGAAGGAAGAUCUAGAGUGGCUGGUGGAGAACUUGCCAGAGCUCUGUCGGAUUGAUGCAGAAAAGUAUAAUGUCUCUGAUGAGUUGCUCAAGUGGUUUGAGGAAGUGUAUCCACACGUCCAGAUCUGCCGACAUGAUUGAAAACAACCAUAAAGAUGUAUAGACUAUUUCAUACAAAACAAAU